AUGGAACACAAUCGCGUGUAUGAGGAAUUUGAGCCAUCCACAGCUUGGCAACGGGAACCUACAUACGACACUCUUAUUCUUCAACUACCAGGUUUCAAAAAGGAGCAACUCAAGGUUCAAAUAACAACAUCACGUAAACUGAAGGUGAGCGGAGAACGGCCAAAAGGAAAGGACAAAUGGACCCGAUUUUACUUGGAAAUACCAAUUCCUUCCAACUAUGAGAUCAAUGACAUUAGUGCAAAGUUUGAAAAUGCCGCACUUUACAUCAAACACCCUAAAGUUAUUACACCAGCUCCUGAACCACCUACUGCAACAGAAAUUCCAAAGCCUCAGAAUAAAGGACAAGAACCACCUACUGAAACAGCUCCAUCCAUGGAGAAACAGCAAAGCCGAAAGCCGAAACAAGAGCUGCAAGCUCUAAUGAAAAAUGGGCAAGAAGAGGCCAAAAAUUAUGCUGAAACUGUUCCGGAGAAGAGUUUAGAGAGGAAGAAUGAAGAGUUGGGAGAUGCAGAGAAGAAAGGUGGUGGUGAAAAGAUGGAGAAUGAAGCAGCUGCUGAAACUUCGAAUGUCAGAGAUAAAUCUGGAGUUGUUCCGGAGAAGAGUUUAGAGGGGAAGAAUGAAGAGUUGGGAGGUGCAACAAUGGAAGAGAAGCAAGGUAGUGGUGAAAAGAUGGAGAAUGAAGCGGCUGCUGAAACUCCGAAUGUGAGAGAUAAAUCUAGAGUUGUGGAGGAUUUCAAGAAGGCUUUUGGUGUUUUGGUGAGGGAGAUGAAGCAUUCAAGAAAGAUUAUGAACUUGAUUGUGGCAACUUUAUUUGUUCUGGUUGCUGUGAUUUAUGCAAGAAAUGUAGUGAGGUCCAUUGGUAAAUCCCAGGACUAAACUCUAUUAAUGUGUCUACUUUGAUCAAACUAAUAAACUUUGUAAAGGUAUGAGUAUUUGAAAUUGCAUUCAUUGUUCAAUACAAAUGGAUUAAAAUACUUAUAUGAGAUAGUCUUAUCAUCUCAUUUUUUUUAAUGUCCAAUAAAAUAAGGAUAUGUUUUAUGUGUA